UGCGCGCGCAGCCACAGGUGGUGCUUAUGCGUGCAGCCUUAACAUCUGAGACAACAAGAAGAGAGACUGAGAGAGACAAGGGACUACCAGCGCUUGAGCAUCGCUUCAGUGCUCCAACACUGACGGAGGAAACUCAUAAAGCUGCUUUCUGCUUUGUUUGGUCGCAUUUUGGAGGCUGAGGUGAACUUGUUGGGUGUGUUCAGGGGUUUUUUCGAGGAGCGCGCGCCGAUUUAACAGGUGGAGAAGGCACCUUAAAUCAUUGCACUCACCUUGGGUUUUGACAAGAAGUGUGUGCUGACCUGAUCACUAAAUGGCGCUGACGGUGAACCUUAUCGGUCCUUCGCCAUGGGGCUUCAGAAUAUUUGGAGGAAGGGACUUCAAGAAGGCCAUAACUGUAUCAAAGGUCAACGGGGGCAGCAAGGCAGAGCAGGCAAACCUGCAACCCGGUGACAUUAUCAUGGAGAUCAACGGUGAAAACACGACCGACAUGCUGAACGUGGAGGCCCAGAACAAGAUCAAGAACUCAAAGACUCAGUUGAAGUUGGUGGUGGACAGACCUGGACCUCCCAGCCCUGGACAGACCAACGGCAUCAGCAGCCCUGAGCAGUUCACCGGACGCUUCCAGGAGGCAGUAAUAGUGAGUAGAGAUGAGAAUCAGAACUACAGAGAGUACACCAUCUCCAGCCCUGCGUCGCUGUCCCCCGGACCUUAUUCACCAGAUCCUUUUCCCAGCCCUGACGGGAAGAGGGAAAGGCUGACACCGACCUCCAACAAGAGUGUCCAGCUGCGUUCAUGGUCUCCGGAGGAUAAGAGUCACAGGCUGUCCAGACCGCUGUCACAGGAGUUCUCCCCUUCAGACUACAGAAAUAACUCUGUUUCCAGCAGAACCCCGACCCCACCAGGGCGCUACUCACCCCAUAGCCCCAUUGAUCGGGAUGUACCCAUGUCACCUCGUCGCAGUACGAGCUCUGACUUUGCCAUGCAGAGGUUCGACAAGGAGUCGGAGGUGUACAAGAUGAUCCAGGAGAACAAGGAGUCCCGCACGACGCCUCGCCAGUCCAACACCUUCAAAAUGCUGCAGGAGGUCCUGGAGGCUGAUGAGAAAGAGGCAGCCCUGAGGUUUCCAGGAAAUCUUUCCCCAAACGCCCCAAAAGCAGGCACAUCAGUGGGAGGAGUCAAGAAGACGCACACCUGUGAGAAGUGUGGCACCAGCAUUUUGACAUUGGCCGUGCGCAUCACAGACGACCGCUACCGCCACUCGGAGUGCUACACUUGCACAGAUUGCGGCCUUAACCUCAGGAUGAGAGGCCACUUUUCCAUCGGAGAUGUGAUGUACUGUGAGAAGCACGCCAAUCAGAGGUACCAAGGCCCAGGUAGUUCCCCUCAAGCCACUGUGUCCCCUCGCCAAUGAGUCUGCCGCUCCAUACCCGCCACGCUCCGCUCCGCUCCGGACGUAGAGUGCUGCUUGUCUGCCUGAAGCGCCACACCAUCCAACUCAGUAAUAGACUUUGGGACGGGGCAUGAACGGUGGACGCUAGUCAACGAAGCGGCAGAGGAUGUUCUUUUCUGACCACAUUUAACCAUAUUUUGCAAUAUUAUGAUUCAUUUUCUUGCCUUUUGUUAUAUUCGUUAUGAGAAUUGGGGCUUUGUUUUUCAUAUGGCCCGGCCUCCACAGUCUCUUUAGGUUAUUCUUAGCUCUAAUGGCGCACAGCUGCCAUGGACUCAAGCCACAACACAUUGUACUGAGGCCAGAUUUACAUAAAACCAACGCUUUAGACAAACUCAACCGGACUGGCUCACUGACAAUCUGGAUUAUCAUUUGAAUCUCCUGCUGACACAAAGGGACCAAAAUCUCACCUACACUGCAUGCCAUUUUAAAAAUGUACUGUAUACAGACAGUGCUGUGUGUGUGUGUGUUUGCGGGUGUAUACCGAAGCAUGCUUUCCCACGCAGAAGUGUGUGUGACUGUGUGUGUGUGUGUGCGAAUGAGAGAGAGAGAGAGAGAGAGAGAGAAGGGAUGGGGCGUUCGAGUUGUUACAGAUGCAAAGGAGUUUGUGAAUAUUGCGCUAGUCAGGCCAAAAGCCCUUGAGUUUUUCUAUAUUUCUUUUGUAAGCAGAAUUUAUGAGUAGAGAUUAUGAAAAAAAAAAUACAUAUUUGCUGACUUGUUUUGCUGUUUUGUUGCUUAUGAGGGACUAUAGAUUGAUUCAAUACACAACUAUGUUUGAUGUUUUUGUGAUUAAACUGUAUUCUAUAAUAUAGACCAUUUAAAAAUGCAUAAUGUAUGCACAGGACAUUUAGUGUGAAAAGAAUUGAUGAUGAUACUACACUUGUCCAGUUACAGCAGUACUCAGAGAUACACUAUAAUGUUCGCAUUUCAUGUGGCACUUAAUAAAAUCGCACAAACUAAAGGUUCCUUCCUCAUGUCCUCACCUUCCUGUUGGGCCUGUCACCAUAACUACAUUUUGUUGGAUUAUCUGUCAUCCCAGAAACAUUUGGGAUAAACUAUGUCAGUUCAUGACCAUUUAAAUGAUAUGACCGUAUAAUAGCAUAAUAAUUCAAGUACUCCCUUUCAAGGAGCAAUGAACUUUUAAUU